GCCGCCGCCAUUUUGGAGCCUUCGCGGAGGCUCGGCGCGGCGCUCCGGGGUGUUCUGUCCGCCGCUGCUGGGCCGUCGGCGGUGUCGCCGGGGGGGGAGGAGGAUGAGCGUGAUAGACCACGUGCGGGACAUGGCGGCCGCGGGGCUGCACUCCAACGUGCGGCUCCUCAGCAGCUUGCUGCUCACCAUGAGUAACAACAACCCUGAGCUGUUUUCCCCAUCUCAGAAGUACCAGCUUUUGGUGUAUCAUGCAGAUUCUCUCUUUCACGAUAAGGAGUAUCGGAAUGCCGUGAGUAAGUAUACCAUGGCUUUACAGCAAAAGAAAGCCUUGAGUAAAACUUCAAAAGUGCGACCUUCAACUGGAAAUUCUGCGUCUACUCCACAGAGUCAGUGUCUUCCAUCUGAAAUCGAAGUGAAAUACAAAAUGGCUGAGUGUUAUACGAUGCUGAAACUAGACAAAGAUGCCAUCGCUGUGCUCGACGGGAUCCCUUCAAGACAGAGGACUCCCAAAAUAAACAUGAUGUUGGCAAACCUGUACAAGAAGGCUGGUCAGGAACGCCCGUCAGUCACCAGCUAUAAGGAGGUCCUGCGGCAGUGCCCCUUGGCUCUUGACGCCAUUCUAGGUUUGUUAUCCCUUUCUGUCAAAGGUGCAGAGGUGGCGUCCAUGACGAUGAAUGUGAUCCAGACUGUGCCCAACCUGGACUGGCUGUCCGUGUGGAUUAAAGCCUAUGCUUUUGUGCACACUGGCGACAACUCGAGAGCCAUCAACACCAUCUGUUCACUAGAGAAAAAGUCCUUACUGCGAGACAACGUGGACCUGCUGGGGAGCUUGGCAGACCUGUACUUCAGAGCAGGAGACAGUAAGAACUCCGUCCUCAAGUUUGAACAGGCGCAGAUGUUGGAUCCUUAUCUGAUAAAAGGAAUGGACGUCUACGGCUACCUCCUGGCGCGGGAAGGGCGGCUGGAGGAUGUGGAGAACCUCGGCUGCCGCCUCUUCAACAUAUCGGAUCAGCAUGCGGAGCCCUGGGUGGUCUCUGGAUGCCAUAGCUUCUAUAGCAAACGCUACUCUCGGGCCCUGUACUUAGGAGCCAAGGCCAUUCAGCUGAACAGCAACAGCGUCCAAGCCUUGCUCCUCAAAGGCGCAGCGCUUAGGAACAUGGGCAGAGUCCAGGAAGCCAUCAUCCAUUUUCGGGAAGCCAUCAGGCUCGCCCCUUGUCGCUUAGACUGUUACGAAGGUCUCAUAGAGUGUUACUUAGCGUCCAACAGCAUCCGAGAAGCGAUGGUGAUGGCCAACAACGUUUACAAAACUCUGGGUGCAAACGCGCAGACGCUCACCCUGUUAGCCACGGUGUGUCUGGAGGACCCGGUGACGCAGGAGAAAGCCAAAACCCUGCUAGAUAAGGCGCUGGCCCAGAGGCCCGACUACGUCAAGGCCGUGGUGAAGAAAGCCGAGCUGCUCAGCAGGGAACAGAAAUACGAAGAUGGAAUUGCUCUGUUGAGGAAUGCCCUGGCCAAUCAGAGCGACUGUGUCCUGCAUCGGAUCCUGGGGGACUUCCUGGUAGCCGUGAACGAGUACCAGGAAGCGAUGGACCAGUACAGUAUCGCACUGAGUUUGGACCCCAACGACCAGAAGUCUCUGGAGGGGAUGCAGAAGAUGGAGAAGGAGGAGAGUCCCACGGAUGCUACUCAGGAGGAGGAUGUGGACGACAUGGAGGGGAGCGGCGAGGAAGGGGACCUGGAGGGCAGCGACAGCGAGGCGGCCCAGUGGGCUGACCAGGAGCAGUGGUUCGGCAUGCAGUGAGGGCACGGCGGCAGCCUCGGGGGAUUCCUGGACGGACGGACG